GGAGUUGUAGUCCCAGCCGCAUCCGGUCCCGUGGAGCGCCUGAUUGACAGCUCUGCUUCCAGCCUCUCUCCUGCAGAAAAGAUGCUGCAGUUCACUCGCUCAGGAUGCCAGUCUUAUUCACCAUCAUUGGGAUCUGUGCAAUCGCUGCCCUUCUUCUGGCAGCGUUUGGCCCCUAUAUCAGAAGAUGUGCUGGUGGGGGAGUGUGUACAUCUGACGCAAGGCUAGAUGGAAAAACUGUCUUGAUCACUGGGGCUAACACUGGGAUUGGAAAGGAAACAGCACGGGAACUGGCACAGAGAGGUGCUCGGGUAAUCAUAGCCUGCAGAGAUCUGACCAAGGCAGAAGCUGCAGCCCAUGAGAUUCGGGAAGACACUGGGAAUAAACAAGUCAUUGUUCGGGAGUUGGAUCUUGCCAACACUAAGUCUAUACACCAAUUUGCUAAAAAUGUCAUGAAAGAGGAAAAGCUCAUCAAUAUUUUGAUCAACAACGCUGGAGUGAUGAUGUGUCCCUACACAAAGACAACGGAUGGGUUUGAGAUGCAGUUUGGUGUAAAUCACCUGGGCCAUUUCUUGCUGACCUGCCUGCUUCUUGACCUCAUUAAACAAUCAGCCCCUGCUCGCAUUGUUAACGUAUCAUCCUUCGCUCAUGUUUUCGGUCGAAUCAACUUUAAAGACCUUCAGAGUGAAAAAAGUUACGAUGGGGGCUUGGCUUACUGCCAAAGUAAACUGGCAAAUGUGCUGUUCACUCGGGAAUUGGCCAAGCGCCUGAAAGGCACUAAGGUCACCGUGAAUUCUGUGCAUCCGGGCUCUGUCAAAUCCGAACUCACCAGGCACUCGUUCAUCAUGUCCUUAGCAUGGAAGGUUCUGACAUUCCUUAUCAAAACACCAAAACAGGGGGCACAGACAAGUAUAUACUGUGCUGUAGCUGAAGAGUUGCAAGAGAUUUCUGGAACACAUUUUAGUGACUGUAGACCUGCAUUUGUGGCACCUCAAGCUAGGAAUGAAGAAACAGCAAGGAAGUUAUGGGAUGUCAGCUGCAAACUUUUGGAGAUUCGAUGGGAUUGAACUAAUUAAAAAAUGAAAUUCGAAGGAAACAAGAGCAACUGACUGCUUUCUUUUAACUACUUUUGAUAGUUCCUAUAAAAACACUCCAGAAAGUGCAACUUUUUGACUAACAAAUUGUUGCUUCUGAAGUUGGUCACUGCACCAAUCUAAACAUCAACCUAUAAUCGCAAAUCUUGCCUGCUCCUGCCAUAUGAUUUUGGCUAUUAAGGGGAACCUAAUAUUUUGCUCUGGUUUCCAAAUCACCUGUGUCAAUAUCCCAAUACAUGAUAGUGAACUAUCAAACUACAACAAUGACUGCUUCAGCACAAUAUUACUGUUAACAUGUUGCUGCAUAGUACUGACCAUGCAUUAAUGACCAGCAUUGCUUUGUGCUUUAGAAAGAUAGUUUGGGUUCUUCAUUGUAAACCAGCAGUAAACAUUUAAAGUGAGAAUUUUUUUAAAAAUUAUGCAAUAACAAAGUGCUGCAGAAGACAAGAAACAGAAAGCUCUUGACGGUGCUGUCUCCUUUCAAGCAACAGGUGUUAUCCUUGGUAUCCUGGUCAAUAUCGUCAGUCAACAUUAAAGAAAUAGUAGUGAGUUUUGAGAAUAUUAGCUCAGCUUGAGGUUCUGGAUACAUGUUUGCUUGCUGAGCUGGAGGGUUUGUUU